AUGAUGAGACAAAGCGGCAUCUUUCGUUGUUCUUGGAUAGUUCCAGUACGACAACACACUCCUCGUCGAUCCCAUUACACAUACUCAUCGCCCGGCCAAUUUGACACUACACCUUCUGUCUUGACACAGGUUUGGAAGAACCGUGAUUUUCGACAACGCGGCUUCACUGUGGGCAUUGGAGGACCUGUGGGAUCCGGCAAGACGGCAUUGACAUUGAAACUACUCCAAACCUGGCAGGCAUUGCCGUUGUCUAGUGUAAACCUGAAUUUGGGGGUCGUCACCAAUGACAUUUUUACCCAAGAAGAUGCCGAAUUCUUGACGCGCCAUAAAGCACUCCCCGCCGACCGCAUCAAAGCCGUGGAAACGGGAGGAUGUCCUCAUGCCGCCAUUCGAGAAGACGUUAGUUCCAAUUUGACUGCCCUCGAACAAUUGACACAACAAUCUUCUUCUUCUAGUAGUAUUCCGCCGUUGCUAUUGUGCGAAUCGGGAGGUGACAAUUUGGCGGCCAACUUUUCCCGUGAAUUGGCCGAUUUGACCAUUUACGUCAUUGAUGUCGCUGGUGGUGACAAGGUACCUCGCAAGGGUGGACCGGGAAUCACACAGUCGGAUCUAUUGGUCAUUAACAAAAUUGAUUUGGCCGAUGCCGUCGGCAGUGAUUUGGGGAUCAUGGAACGAGAUGCCAACUUGAUGCGGGCGCCGGUAGUAGUAGGAGCCGGUGGUCAAGUACCUGGGCCCACCAUCUUUUGUUCCGUCAAACACAACAUUCAAGUACCUGAAAUAUCAGAUUUUAUUCUCGGCAUGUACGAGACGGCGACCGGGGUCACACUGGCGGGUGCGGCGGAUCAUGAUCAUUGA